AUGUUCAGUUUCUUUAAGAAAUCUAAAAAAGACUCAGACAAAAAGAACAGAGACCAGUUUCAAAACAAAGAAAGCAAAAGCCAGCAAGGUGAAAAUCCAGGUAAAAAUAAUCGCGAUGAGAUCGUUAACAAGUCUGCGUCUGAAAGUGACUCAGAACCGCUGCCAAACAAUUUCUCGGAAUCCGAAACCGUCCCGCGAAAAAAUGUGCCGAAUGCAGCUACUAGUGCCGUGACAGAAUCCGAGAAAACCGACGCGAAUCCAGACAUCAUCGCGACCAUGUCCCAGAUUCCCGUCGAAACCCCCAAAAAACCGCCGCCCUUCGGUGCGAAGCCUUGCGGGCACGGUACCACCCCCAUAUCACCCAGAGUACCACCAGCACCAGCCAACAGAUCCAACAACAGUACCCCCACCGCCAGUCCCGUGUUGGAGCUCAGGAAACACUUCAGGAUCAGCGGAAUCGAGAACGUCACUAGCCACCCCCAAGGAAAGACCAACGACAUGGGGGGUGAGAACACGGUGAUAGUUAGCGACAUGGGGGAUGAGAACACGGUGAAAAUUAACGACGUGGAGGGUGUGAACACGGUGAAAGUCAACGAUAAGGGGGUUACGGACACGGUCGCGGGGAGGUUGAAGCUUCACGUCAGUUUGCCUACACCUGCUGCCAAAGAUCAGAAUAAUACGAAAAAUCUCGUGAAUCAAGAGGCAAAAUUCCAGAGUCAGCUCAACGAUCUUUCUAAACAGUUGUCUAUAAGAGAUGCCGAGGCCAACAAACUCAAAUUUCAAAUGGAAGAACUGCAGAGAGAUGUUUUUGCUAAAUCCGCUGGAAUGGAUAGGUUAGAAUCAGAACUGAGCGCUGCUCAGAAAGAAUGCGAAACUAUAAGACAGAGGAUACGUGUGUUAGAAAACGAAUUAGAUAAUCAGAAACGAAUGAACAGUCAACUGAGUACUGAUAUAUCAGAAAAAACAGAUGCAUUUCAAAGUUUUGAGCGCGAUUCCAAAUAUAAAAUAGAAGAACUUGAAGACACAAUCAAAGGAUUACGAAUAAGGAUAGAUGACUUGGAAAACCAACUGAAAUCCCUGAGAGAAGAAAAAGAGCACCUAGAAAAAAGGCACACAGAACUGCUGACUGAGAGAGAUGAAGAAAAGAAAAAAAUUGCCGAAACCUUAGAGCAAGCCCAAAUUCAGAGGCAAGAUAUAGAGAAAAAAUGGAAGGAAGACUUCGAGAAACUGAGGACUAUCAAUAUAAUGAAAGAACAGGAAACUUUAGAUGAUUUUGAGUGGAAACUGAGAGAAGUACAACAAAAAUGCAAGGCGCGGUUAGAAGAGAAAGAUAAAGUUGUCGAAGAAAAACUACAGGAAGCUUAUAGAACAGCCGAGGAAAAGAUGAAGCAGGCUCAAGAAAUGACGGAAAAGCUGGAGAAUCUUAAAGUAUACGAGACUGAAAUAGAAAAUCUACGUAGCUUGACGACAGGCCAAAAAGAAGCAAUGAAUAAUCUUAUCAAGCAACAAGAAGAGAUGAAGCAAACCGAAGAGAGCUUAAAAAAUGAAACCAAAAAGCUCCGGAAUCUAAUGGAAAUGGAGAAAGAGAAUCUACAGCACAUGCAGAGAAUGCACCAUCAAGACAUUCUGGACAAAGAGAGACAACUCAAACAGACUCUGAACGACAAACGAACGGAAAUUGCAAUGUAUUGGGAGGAGAGGUUGCUCAAUGAAUGUGGCAGAUUGAAGGUCGAAUUGGAACAAAUACACGACGAAGAAAAAUGGAAUGCAAUGGAAAGCGUGAGGAAAGCGAAAGAUGAGGCUUUUCAGAAGGCUCAGAAACAUUGGGAUACAAAGUUGGGACAAUGUUUGAAAGAGGUGUCUUCUUUGAAGAAAUCUCUAGCUGAAAAAGAUAAACAUUACAAAGAAGAAAUGGUUAGCCAACAAACAGAAACCGACAGAGAAUUGAUGGAACUAAGGCGACUGAUGGAUAAAAUAGAUAUGAUGCAUCACGAAAAAUAUGAAAAGUUAGUUUCAGAACAUGAUAGUGAAAUAGAUCGGAUAAACCUAGAACACGAAAUGAGAGUUCAAGAAACUGAAAAUUACUGGAAAACUCAGAUAAGUUCUUUGAGAAUCUCUCUGGAGGCAGUGAAAGAACAAAUGGAGAAGGAAUCUCAGCAAAAAAUGGAGGGGUUGAUCGAACAACACAGGACUCAAUUAGAUGAACAGUGGGACAAUCUUAUUCACCAAAAAAGCGAAGCUAUCCAGUUACUCGAAGAAGAAUACAUUUCCAAAUAUCGAACUCUGGAAGAGCAAUUUUACACUCAACAAAAAUCGCAUAGCCUCAGAGAAGUGGAGCUGUUGAAAACCAUUGAUUCCUUGAAACACGAAUUGCAGAGUAAAGAAUCCACGAUAGAAGAUUUGCAAAAUAACGUGGAUACUCUGGAAGGAGGAGUACAAGUUUUGAACCAAGAAAUUGCACAACAAUGUGAAGAUAUAGCUAAAGCUAGGAGAGAAUCCGAUCAAAAAAUAAAGGGUCUUCUAGAAACAUUAGCACAGUUACAAGAAGGACAUGAAAAGGAAAGUGAAACUUAUCGAUUAAAAUUUUUGAGUUCCCAGAAACAAUCACAAGAAACUAUUGACCAUUUACAAAAAAAAUGCCAAUGUCUGACGAAGUUAUUCGAAGAAGUAAGACAGAGGUACGAAAGAAGAGAAUCCAGGCAAGAAGAUAUUAACAAAAUAGCCGAUUUGAAACAAGUCAUAGCCGAACAAGAGAAAGACUUGGCAUGUAUCAACGAAGAAAAACGGUAUUUCCAGAUGAAGCUGAUAGCUUUGGAGAAGCAUCUGGAAGAAAACGUUUCAGCCGAAGAAGAGGAAUUCGAAGACGCGCAUGCGCAACCUUUGAAACCUGAAGUGCUUCUGGAAUACGCUGGUUCACCAAAUAGUCCUAUCUCCAUACCUCCCACGAUACCUGAAUGUGAUGAAUGA